AUGGUUGAAUUCCGGAAGAAGUUGAGUGGAUACAAAGAAAAGAUCCUUAAAAGGCUUACGUUGACGGAAGCGCAAAGAAAAGAGCUCACGGAACGGUUAAAGCUGUUCAAAAGGAAAACAACUGAUGUGGUUUCACAAGCGGGAGACUCCAUUGAAGAGAUCAACAUUAGAAGCCAAAUAGCCAGUGCUUUGUUCCAGGGAGAUAUGGUUCUUUCCAAAGAGCAACAAGACCAGAUUGCUGCGGACGUGAGUGGUACACGUUCCAAGCGGCAAGCGUACAACGACAAAACUUAUCCUGGCAAGAAGAUGGUCAAAGGGGGUGAGGAGGUCAAAAGUGUGUUCAAAAAAGCGGCAGACCAGUGGAUGAACAACACAUGUAUUGACUUCACGCCAGGAGAAGAUGACGACAGCAUUCGUGUAAUCGAAGAGGACGGAUGCUGGUCAUACGUUGGUAGACUUGGCGGAAAGCAGAACCUGUCACUCGGCUCAGGCUGCGAAUCGGUCGGAACAGCUGCCCAUGAGAUUGGUCAUGCACUUGGUUUCUUCCACACGCAUUCAAGACAUGAUCGUGACAAGUAUAUCACAGUAGACAAAGAAAAUAUUAAGCCUGACUGGCUUGACCAAUUCUUACUGGAGACGACUGCAACCAAUAACAAUUACGAUCUAACAUAUGAUUACGGAAGCCUGAUGCACUACGGAACAACAAGCGCCUCUCGCAACGAAAAACCUACUAUGGUACCUACUCCGGAUGCACGGUACGGAGAAACUCUGGGAUCUCCUUUCAUUUCCUUCUAUGAUUUGCUUCAUGCUCAACAAGUACUACAAUUGCACCGACGCAUGCAAAGGAACGAAGACGGUGUGUCAGAAUGA